AUUGGCAAUUGAAUCAAAGUAUCACAUUCUCCUCCAAACAAUUACCAACACAAUAGUUCAAUAAAGGGGAAUGUCACCAUUAAUCCUCUUAAGCUUCUUUUGUGUCAUACUUGUGGCAACAUCCCAAGGGUCAGAUGUUGUCCACCGAAUUCAGCCUCUCCAAAUUCACCCCCUCCGACUACAAUCCGACUCGGCGUGCCUGAGUUGGCGAGUCGCUGUGGAAGCCCACAAUAUCAUUGACUGGACCGUAGCUCCGGAGGGAUGUGAAGGCUAUAUUGGAAAUUACAUGCUUGGCGGCCAGUACCGGAAAGACUCAAAAGUUGUCGCUGAUGAAGCUUAUGAGUAUGCUAAGAGUCUCAAAAUCAGAGAUAUUGGCAAGGACGUGUGGGUUUUUGACGUCGAUGAGACUGUACUUUCCCACGUACCCUUUUAUGCUCUGCAUGGAUUUGGGGCGGAGCCCGUGAAUUACAUUGAGUUCUUUGAAUGGUUGGCCAAAGGCAAAGCCCCAGCGUUGCCGGAGAGUCUAAAGCUUUAUAAUAAGUUACUGAGUCUCGGGAUCAAGGUUGCCUUCCUUACAGGGAGAGGAGAAGAGUUAAGAAAUAUCACAGCAACCAAUCUUAAAAAUGCCGGAUAUCAUACUUGGGAGAAACUCUUACUCAGGGGGCCGGGUUCUGAAAACACAACAGCAGUUGUAUAUAAAUCGGCUGAAAGAAGAAAGUUAGAAGAAGAAGGAUAUCGAAUUGUUGGAAAUUCUGGGGAUCAAUGGAGCGAUAUCACAGGGACCAAUGUCGGCGAGAGGACAUUCAAACUUCCUAAUCCAAUGUACUACGUUAAGUGAAUUUUAAUUUACAAUUUGGCAAAAAUAAAAAUAUCUAAGUUAUAUUGCUAGCUAUAAGCACUUGAUUGUUCAAUUCAAUAAUUCAAUAUUAAGAUUUCUUAGUGAUGCUUAUGAUACACUAGGAAUAUUUUAAUAUUGGUGUUCGUUUGUAGUAUGGACUAUAUGUUAUGUUAACUAUAUGUUAUUUUGAUU